AUGGCACUGCGGCCGACGGGCAGCUACCAGGCCGUCACCCUCGUUGUGUUCCUGCUUUCUUUCCCCAUCAACGUCUUGUUCAAAACAUGGGCAGUGGUUGCGACCAUCCUCCUCUGCCAGCGCCAGGCCGACGAUGCAUCGACAGGCGGCAGUGCCACAGGCACCGAUGGACCCAAUCCCGGCAUCCUGGCCGCUGCAAGAGGCGCGCUGCGCACGCUGCGCUCCCUGCGCCCCGACAUCGCCCGCCUCUGGCGCCCCGUCUUUAGCGUGGAGCUGCUGGUCGCCGCGGCGGUGGUCCCCCUGCAGUUUGCCUCCCUCCUGGUCGUCACCCUGCCCCUCACCCUGCCCCUCAUCCUGGACCUCCAGGCCGCCACGCCGGCGGUGAUCUUCGAGGGCCAGCGCGGCUGGGCCGCGGUGGUCCGUUCGCGGGCCCUCAUCAAGCGCAUCCGCUGGUCGCUGGCGGUGCCGUUUGUGAUCACCGUGGUCGCGCAGCGGCUGGCCCAGAGGGGCCGGGAAUGGGUCCUGGGCAGGCUGCCACCCAGGUUCUACACCGAGCUCGUGGAGAUCCCCGUCGUCGUGUUUCUGGCUGGGACCCUGCUCUCCCUCCUGCUCAUGAGGUACGAUGACGCCCCGGGGUUGCAAGACGUGUUGCCCUACGUUGCGUACUUUGAGGCCAAGGCCUCGGAAGAACUUGAGAGCGAUGGGAUGGUGGAGAAGCCUGGCCCAGAGCAGAGCCAGGCGACUGCCUAA